GUGGGUGGGGCAGGGCUACCGAAAGCACACAAGCCGCUAUCAAAUCUACUCCUGCGCUGCUGCAGAAUUCUUCACGUCUUUUUGCAUUUUUUUUCUUUCAUCCUCAUGUAAAAAAGAAUAAAGCAAGCAAACGAAUAACCUCAUCGCCCCAAUCAUAGCAGCGGCUCUUUCUUUUUUCAAGAACUCUUUAAGCACCUGCGAACUUCCGGCCGCAGAAAACAGUGGCCUCUUGUCCCAGAAUAAACAUCCCUUUCUUUCUCCUCCCAAACAAUCCCAGACCAGGAAGUGGCAGGAAAGUCUGAAAUCCGGUUCCCCUCGCUCCGAUUGCUCAUGGCGUUGCUUGGGGUGACCACAUUGGCCGAGGAGCGCAGCUGAAGACCCCAGAGAGGGUUCCAAAGGGUCGCCUUGACAAUGGCGAAGCCUCGCUUAGUCCAAAAUGCCCCCUUUGGGGGCAAAGAGAUCAGCAGUGGGUUUCUUUCCAGUGGGUGGUACUACGCAAAUCAGACUUUGCUCUUAGGCAUCUUGUUGGCAAUCAUAGGAAACAUUCUCAUUAGCAUCUCUUUGAAUCUGCAGAAAUGGUCUCAUCUUCGACUCAUGCGCCAAGCCAAUCAGAAACCCUUUUAUAGAAGCAAGCUUUGGUGGUGCGGCAUUAUACUUAUGGGGACUGGAGAAAUGGGAAAUUUUGCUGCCUAUGGAUUUGCUUCCAUCAUGGUCAUUGCUCCUCUAGGAAAUGUGGCUGUCAUAGGUAGUGCAGUUAUAUCUGUCUUAUUCCUAAAAGAGAACAUUAGGUCUGAAGGCAUACUAGGUGGCACUGUGACAAUUGCAGGAAUAUUUUUGUUGGUGACAUUUGCUCCAAGCGUUACCCAGGAACUCACAACAAGAAAGAUACAGAAUGAUUUAGUUAGCUGGCAGUUCUUGAUUUAUGUGGUCGUAGCAGUAAUAACAUUCUGCAUUCUUCUGUAUUUCCAUAAAAGAAGGAAAGUGAAUCACAUUGUGGUUUUGUUAACAAUGGUAGCACUCCUAGCAUCUCUGAAUGUCAUUUCAGUGAAAGCUGUGGCAACCAUGAUUGCACUUUCCGUGAGGAGCAACAUGCAACUAACCUACCCUGUUUUUUACAUCAUGCUAAUUCUGAUGGUACUAACAUGUGUUUUCCAAGUCAAGUUCUUGAACCAAGCAAUGAAGCUCUAUAGUGAGGCCGAAGUCAUCCCAAUGAACUACGUAUUCUUCACCAUUAGUGCUGUCGUGGCAGGGGCCAUAUUUUAUCAGGAAUUCCAAGAUGCCAGUUUGCUGAGUGGUUUCAUGUUUCUCUUUGGGUGUUUUCUGUCAUUUGUUGGAGUCUUUAUAAUCACUCGGAAAAGAGGCAAGGAAUGUUUGACAAGCUUUUAUAUAGACUAUGGACACAUUCCUGGGAAGAAGAUGAGGAGCAAAAUACAGCCAGAUUCAAACAACUUAUCCUACGGCUCUUUAUGUUAUGAAGGUGACUCUGUAAAGGCUCAAAGCUAAGAGCAUCUUAAAUUCCAGUUAACAAGAGAACCUUCAUAUUCGACACCACCCUUUUAUCACA